UCCCUCUCUUAAACGCAUGAGCCUCCUUGCAACCUGAGGAAUGAUGGAAACAAAGAUCACGGAGUCUGCCCAUUGUUGGCAUCGAAGAUGCCAACCAUGAACCGUCACCACCCUCUGCUCCUCUCUCCCCACUUCCAUUCUUCUCCAACACGACCCAUCAAUGGAUCUUUCCACCCUUCCCCCUCCAUCUGAGCAAGCAACUCCUCCUCCGAUCAGCAUCCUCGGCCAUGGCCGUCCUUGCUGACUCCCAACACAUGCCAAAAGACUAUCACCACCAAGAACAAGAAACACAGCCGAACCACCAUCACAAUCAACAACCAGAAGAAGAAUCAGAAUCACCACCACCAGCAGCAGCAGCAGCAGAAGAAGAAGAAGAAGAAGAAGAAGAAGAAGAAGAAGAAGAAGAAGAAGAAGAAGGAGAUUCGUUAUCUCUUCAAUAUUGCUUCUGGAGAUGACCAUGGUUCCCUCCCCGCACGCCCUUCUGCAACUCGAAGAGCCGUCUCGCCAAGUUGGUUCUGACCCUCUUCUGAAGGCGAAGGAUUAUGGUUACAGUCUCCCGCUCUUCGGCAGCGACACCAAUUGUUUAACCUCCGAUCUGACAACCGAUCAAAUGGAAACCGAGCAAGACUCUCUCUCAACCAGCAGGAACGACGAGCUCGGCCCUUGCUCCAGGCCCUUCGACCACGAGGACAAUUGGCUCCAGUUGGGGAUCGCCGGCAGGCUCGUGCCUCCCCAAGAACCCGAACUAGCAAGACCUCGCAACUUGGUGGAGCUGGAUCUGCUCCCGGCCAAGACCACCGGUUCCACAACUCCACCGUCGGCCCAUAUCCCAGGCUACCCAGUCCACUCACCACCCUUAUUCUUGCACCCCCAUGGCACCGCCGGUUUCGGAUUCCGGCAGCCGGAGUACUUCUGGAAUUUCCGGCAGAUGCCAUAUUCUUCCAGCACGUGGAAUGUGCAGUAUUCGCUCCCCGGCAACGGCGUCGCGGCCGCUAAGCCCGGUCCAAGCUCGAGCCUCAUGAAGAUAGUGAACGCGCCUCCGCGGCCGAACUCGGGCCUGUGGUUCGUUCUCCAGGCUGAGCAGAACCAAAUAAAGGAGUUGGCAUUGCCUCAAGUACAGAAGAGCUACCUCAGAAUUAAAGAUCGCAAAAUGACCAUCCUCUUGAUCAUGAAGUACUUGGCUAACAAGCUUCAUUUGGGGAGCGAAUCAGAGGUGGAGAUCAGAUGCCGAGGGCAGAGAGUUCUGCCCUCGCAGACGGUGCAGCAUGUUCGAGAUGCGAUAUGGAUCAAGGAGCAAGGGCUGAUUAAGGAGUCACCAUUGUCAUCACUUCCCUUUUCCCGUUCCCCCACCACAGACCACCUCAUGAUACUUCAUUACUCAAGAAGCUCACCGUCCGCCUACCACACAUAAAUUAUAACUCUGCUCCUCUCAGAAGAAGUAGAAGGAAUUUCAAGCUGUAAAUUAUGCUUAAAUACUCAUCAGUCUCUCCCGUUUUCUUGCCGUCAGGUUUUGUAUUCUUUGUUAUUUUUAAAUUUCUUUUCCUAAUCAA